AUGAUUAAGGUUUCAGACAGAUGCCUAUUAUAUUACAGGACAGCUAUAUUAUAUAUAUCUUUCCUUUCUCUGGGGUUGUGCACUGCUAUCCCCGGACCAACUUUACUUGAUCUUCAGACCAUUGUAAAAACAAGUACAAAGUAUGUUACAUAUAUAUAUCUUGGACGAUCCAGUGGCUAUUUAAUUGGAUCAUUAAUAGGUGGCAUCAUACUGGACUGCAUGAAGAAAAGAGAAGCAUUGCUUGUGUUAUUUAACUUGAUUAUUUCAAUUAGUGUCUUGUUAAUUCCAUUUUCAAGAGAUGUUGUAACCCUUGUGGCUGUCAUGGCAGUUAGUGGAUCAGUGAUGGGAGCACUAGAUACUGGAGCCAAUGUAUGGUGCUUAAAUCUGUGGUCCGGUGACAACAGUCCAUAUUUUCAAGCUCUUCAUUUUUUGUUUGGUAUUGGUGCUUUUCUAGCACCAUUAGUAGCAGAACCAUUCUUAGAUAAGAAUAAUGAAACGUUGGAGAUAUUAAAUACUUCUUAUGCAGCAAACAUAAUAACAUUACUGUUCCUUUCCCUAUUUUGUUUUGCAAACGAUAAUGAAUGUGCAAAAGAGAAGAGGAAUGUACAAUAUUCUAAUCCUCAUUUUUGCAUAACUGUGUUAAUCAUAUCUUUAACUUUCUUAUUAUUGGGAGUAUAUGCUGGUAUUGAAAUUGGGUUUGGGCAAAUGAUUGCUACAUAUGCUGUUAAAAGUGACCUUCAUUUGUCGAAAUCAGAUGCUUCAUACCUAACUUCAUUGUACUGGGCUAGUUUUACUGUUUUUAGAGGUGUUGGUAUACUAUUAGCAGCUAAGUUUAGUUCUUUAAGUUUAAUACUUUUUGAUUUUUGUUUAAUGCUCAUAUCUGGAAUAGUGUUAUUAAUAUUUGGAAAUUCAUCAGUUGCAAUGCUCUGGUUUGGUACAGGUUUGUUAGGCUGUGCUUUAUCCUCAUUUUAUCCUAGCGCUGUUUAUUGGACUGAAAAGUAUGUCAAUGUGAGCAAUAAAGUUGCAUCUUCUUUUGUAGUUGCUGCAUCAUUUGGAGAAAUGAUAGUCCCAUUUGCUAUUAGUCAAUUUUUAGACGACAGACCUGAAUUUUUUUCUUAUAUUCUUCUUUCUUCCAUUCUUGUUUGUGGCAUUUUAAUUUUAUUUUUAUGGAUAACAACAUCUAAAGUUGGUGUAAAAGCUGUAAUUGAUGAAAACAUUGAAACAGAAGAUGCUGAAUCUCGACUUUGA